UCCCUCUCACAAAUCCACCAUUUGCCGAAUAUGAUGUGGGAUGCUCUUGUGAACCAUCACCCCAUCGAUGCAGAGGCACUUCAUUGUCGACAGCAUUGAAAAUGUGUUGUGUAAUUUCCAAUGACUGAUAAGCUAUGGUACGUUGCGGUUUUAAGUGGGAUGGGAGCAGGUGUCACUUUCUGUUACAAGGACGUGAUCUCUAGACACCGAGUGCACGACCAGAUUGUGGUUGCUGUUUAAGUCUGGCUCGGAAUUUAAAGCGGUUCCGCAACUGGGUUGGAUAGACUAUUUCAUGAGGCAAUAAAAUAUGAAGGAAUGGUGUUUGUGCGUUUAUCUAUGCGGAGUGGUGGUGGUGCUGAGGGUGUAAAAAUGGUCUUAAUCCUCAUUGUCAAGCUCUCUUCAUGUCUUGGUCAGUCUCUGUAAACAAUCCCCGUGAUGAGCCGUGCAAAAUUAGCCGGGGAGUAUCGGCAUUAAGGGAAAGCUAUUCCUUCACUGCUGUGUUGUGCUUCGUCUGAGGCAGGAAUCAGCUCCAAGUUGUGCAGAAUGAGAACCAUUCCGGCAGCUGGAUGGGGCGGCAGCAAAGAGCAACAAGCACGAGCUGGGACAAACAGCUCACUGAUGAGCUGCAGCCGCAUUAAUACUGUUCGUAGUGUCCGGAUUCUGUUCAUUCCAGAGCAGAAUCCACACUCCCCACAGCUUCUUCUUCUGCUUCUUCUUCCCACCCAUCCGUUUCUCACUGCUCACAGGGGUCUGGAGGGUUUCAGGAGCUUGCUAUGGUUAAGUGUCUUUAGCUCGCGCGCGCAUGGUUUGUGGAGAUCUUAAGCAAAUAAAGUGUGGCAUUUAUAAGAGGGGAAAAGCUUGGGGUGCGUUCCAGCCUGCCAAGUGGGACCGACGGUUCAUGCUGCAACGUCUCCUCGUCGAUUCUCCAGUCUUCCGCCUCUCACAUCUGCAGUCUUCGUCCUUCGAUUGGCUUCCAGGGAAGCUACGAUCAUCUCAUCAACAUAGGAGUGCCUUGACGGCGUCACUAGUAGGAUUUGUCGUGUGCAACAAUCGACGCAUUAGCAAAAACAAAAACAAAAAACAAAAAACAAACCAACAAACAAACUAGAAAAAAGACAAGGAAUUAGAGACACGCCGGGAUGAGCAUGAUUCUAGUUCCAUCGAUAUGGUGCACGUUGAUUUCUUCACGGUGACAGCGUGAUAGCUUUGACCGGGUGGCGGGCACAAUCGAGUUGAAGAUGUGCUAGGGUUUCUUGUUGUGGUGGAGGAGGAGGAGGAGGAGCUGGUGCAGUCGGCGAGAUGGACGAUGGGUUGGACUUGUUGCAGCUGCCAAUGGCGGAGGCUGCGACCCAAUUUCUUGUGGACAAACUUGUGGAAGCAGUGAGUGCAUCUGCCAAAGUGGUUGUGGAGCACGAAAACUUUCAAGUCUUAGUAGACAUAUUAGAUAGUAUCAAGCAAGUGCUCCUAGACUUGGAAGAAGGUGGAGACAUCUUCCAGUUGGAAGCCCUAAUGCGAGAACUAGAACAGGAUAUAGAUGAGGCCCUGGAACUCAUCGCAUUCUGCACCAUCAAAUGCCGGAUUUACCUGCUUCUGCACUGUCGUGCGAUCUCGAAGCAGCUGGAAGAUGUCACGCGUAGAAUGGGACGCCGCUUGGCAUCCAUUCCAUCCUCCUCUCUGCGUGGUGACGAACAAUUAAAAGCAGUGGUUGAUGACCUAAGUCUGGUAAUGAAGGAGGCAAUUUUCCCUUACAAGGACAACGAAGCCAAGCUAUGCCAGACCUUGGAGCCAGAAAAUAGCAGCAUACUGAGUGACGUAGGUGUGCAGCAAGCCAUUCUCAUGGACAUUGGUCGCACUGUGGGGAUCGAGGAUCUGUCACGAAACCCCGCUGCUUUUAGGAUUGAACUGGAUCUUUUGAGGAAAGACGUAGAGGACUCGAAAGAUGCGAAUGAUAUGCGGUUGUUCGGUGUAGUUAGUGGGAUGUUUGACAAAUGGCUGCAAUCGAAUGAGCAGCCUGGUCAAUCUGAUGAAGCAAAUGCUGUGCACCCUUAUCACAAGCGCUUGGAGCCACUGUAUGAGGCGUUUGUGUGUCCCUUAACGAAGCAAGUGAUGCAGGACCCUGCGACCUUAGAGAAUGGACAAACAUACGAGCGCGUAGCAAUUGAGCGUUGGAUCCAGAAAUGCAAAGAAGACGGGCGGCGGUUAUUAUGUCCUAUGACGGGUCAGGAGGUGAGCACGGCGGUGAAGCCUAGCUUGGCGCUGCGCAACACGAUUGAAGAAUGGACACAGAGGAACGAGCAAGCCCGCAUUGAGAUUGUGAGGCAGAUUGUCACGUCCGGUAGCGAUGAUGCUGAUAUCGUGUUUGGGCUCUCGGACCUGCAGACUUUGUGUAGGAAGAAUCGGAUGAAUAAGCACAAAGUGCGUAGUGAAGGGUUGAUACCACUGAUUGUUGAUCUUCUGAAGAAUGGUGAAGAAGUGCGGUAUCUUGCCCUGAGCACUCUUCGCCUACUUGCUGAGAAUGAUGAUGAUUGUAAGGAUGCAAUUGGUGUCACGAAUCUUCAACGCGUGGUCAAGUGCUUGUCGCGAGAGCACACGAAAGAGCGAGAGGGAGCCGUGUCCCUACUUUACGAGCUAUCGAAAUCAUACGCACUCUGCGAAAAGAUUGGAGCUACUACUGGGGCAAUUUUAAUAUUGGUAGGGAUACUUAGCAGCAACUCUGAGGACUUGACAGCAGUUGGGCAUGCGGAGCUGACGCUUGCCAAUCUGGAGCGGUGUGAUAACAAUGUGAAGCAGAUGGCGGAGAAUGGACGUCUUCAGCCACUCCUUAAACGACUCGUGGAAGGACCAGAAGAAGUUCGCAUUGGAAUGGCGGAAGAUCUGUCAGUAGUACCCAUGACUUCUGAAGACAAGAGCCGAGCCGCACAGAGAGCAGCUUUUGCACUUGUGGAGAUGCUUGGUAGCCACAACUCCAUGGCGCGUGCAGCAGCGCUGAAAGCUCUUUGUAGUUUGUCUACUCUCCCGAGUAAUGGAAAUCUGCUGAUCGAAGCAGGCGUGUUAGCCCCACUGAUGCGAGAUUUGUUUGUUUUGGGUGCUACUCAAGUCCCUACGAAACAGAAGGAGAUAUCGGCGAGUGUACUGGCCAACGUGGUUAGUUCAGGUGCAAAUUGGGAGACUGUGUCUGUGGACAAAGAUGGCAACACUCUGACUUCCGAGCAUACUGUGCAUAAUUUCUUACAAUUAAUAGGUAUCACAGGUCCAACCAUUGAGGCGAAGGUUCUGCAGGUGCUUGUUGGAUUGGCCUCAUCAAAUAAAGCUGUUACCAAGGUAGUCCAACACAUCAGAAGCGCGGCUGCAACUGUGAGUCUAAUUCAGUUUCUGGAAGCUCCUCAUUCAGAUUUGCGAGUGACAUCCGUAAGGCUCCUGAUGCUCCUUUCUCCGCACAUGGGUCAAGAGCUUGCAGACGGUCUUCGUGUUACGACUCGUCAGCUAGGGACGUUGAUAAAACUACUGGCCUCAGACUGCUCCAUGGAGGAGCAAGCAGUGGCUGCUGGCCUGCUCGCAAACUUGCCCAUGAAGGACAUUCACCUCACCCAGGCCAUGUUGGACGAGGGUGCUCCUGCCUUAUUGAUCCAACGCUUGGAAGACCUCAAGAGAGGAGUUGCCCGAGUUGGCGACAGGAAACACAUAACUCCCUUCCAAACGGGGAUAGUUGGUAUACUGGUUCGCUUCACAUACGCUCUCGAUGAGCAGGCGGUCCUAGACUUAGCUACCAACUACAACUUUACUGAGCUUUUCACGUCACUUUUGCAAAGUGGGGGAUCGGACGAGUUGCAAAUCUCAGCAGCCCUGGCGCUUGAGAACCUGUCAGUGAAGUCGAGCCAACUGUCUACAUUUCCGGAUCCUCCUCAACCAAAAGGAAUUUAUAGAUUUGCCUGCUUCAAGCAGCCUUCUCCGUUGCUUGGUAUUUGCCCCGUUCACACUGGAGUAUGCACAGCCAAAGAGACGUUUUGUCUGGUGCACUCCAAUGCUCUCUUGCCGUUGGUGUCUUGUCUAGACCACAGAAAUCCGGACGUUGUGGAAGCAGCUAUUGGAGCACUGUCGACGUUACUCAUGGACACCGUGGACAUUGAAAGAGGAUCACAGGUGCUGCAGAAUGCAGGAGGUAUACCACCAAUUCUGGUGAUCAUGCAAGAGCAUCGAACUGAGGUACUGCGUCAGCGUGCAGUGUGGAUGGUGGAGCGAGUUCUUCGCAACGCUGACUUGGCUAGUCAAAUAUCUGGUAACGCACAUGUCAAUACUGCUCUUGUUGACGCAUUCCGGUAUGGUAACAGUCAAGCCAAGCAGCUGGCUGAAAGGGCUUUGAAGCACUUGAACAAGAUUCCUAACUUCUCUGGCGUAUUUCCACAAGUGUAAAGUCUGUGCCUUAGUUCACUCAAAGAGUCUCAUUGUGACUCGUGUACACAAAGUGUUGUUCUCUUCAGUUAUAACUGUUCAUUCUUUUAACGUAGUGUAGUCAGCACGUCACGGAAGGGUCACACUGUAAAUCAGACAAGGAUUUUUAAUAUUCUACAUAGCUUUCGUAGGGAGGAACCUGUUGGGUUUAUCACUCUGCAUUUUCCGGGUAUGCUAGAUUGAGCGCUGCAAUUGCCUCUGGAGGACACCAUCUUUGUUUUAGAUUUAGUGUUACAGGGUUGAGCAGUAUCAAAAUUUUCCCCUCUUUCAGUACCCUUUUGAGAGAGGCCAUUUAUGACUUUCCUGGCCAACUUACAUUAGCAAUUAAAAUUAAGCCUGUUAAAGGCUUUUGCAUUCAAACAAGCACA